GCAGGAAUCCGCUAACUGCCAGACUCGGGGGAGAGACUUCAGACUUCCCAGGUCCUGCUGUGGGCCUGGAUCGUGCUCCCAAGUGGUGUUUGGCUAAACUGGGGACCAUUCCUCAAGAGACGGUGUCUGGGGCUUGGAUGGAGAACUCUUCUCUUGGCUAUGAGUAUGGGGAUUACGGCGAGAUUCCAGAUCUCCCUGUGGACUGUGUUGAUGGCACCUGUGUCUCCAUUGAUCCCCUCCACGUGGCCCCACUCCUGCUGUAUGCCGCCGUCUUCCUGGUGGGGUUGCCAGGCAAUGCCAUGGUGGCCUGGGUGACCUGGAAAGAGGCCCGCCGGAGGGUCGGUGCCACCUGGUUCCUCCACCUGGCCGUGGCGGACCUACUCUGCUGUUUGUCUCUCCCCAUCCUAGCGGUGUCCGUCGCCCACGGGGGCCGUUGGCUGUAUGGGGCCGUGGGCUGCCGGGCCCUGCCCGCCGUCAUCCUGCUGUCCAUGUACGCCAGUGUCCUCCUCCUGGCCACUCUAAGCGCUGACCUCUGCCUGCUGGCCUUCGGGCCCACCUGGUGGGGUGCAGCUGGGAGGGCAUGCAGGGUGCAGGUAGCCUGUGGGGCGUCCUGGACGCUGGCCUUCCUGCUCACCGUGCCCUCAGCCAUCUACCGCCGGCUGCGUCAGGAGCAUUUCCCACACCGGCUGGAGUGCGUGGUGGACUAUGGUGGCUCGACCGUGGCCGAGAACUCAGUGACCGCCACCCGGUUUAUUUUCGGCUUCCUGGGGCCGCUGGUGGUCGUGGCCAGCUGCCAUGGUGCCCUCCUGUGCCGUGCUACCCGACACCGCUGGCCACUGGGCAUGGCCGUUGUGGUAGGGUUCUUUGUCUGCUGGUCCCCCUACCACACGCUGGGGCUGGUACUCACCUUGGCUGCCCCACACUCCGUGCUCUUGGCCCGGGCCCUGCGGGCUGAACCCUUGGUCGUGGGCCUGGCCCUUGCUCACAGCUGUCUCAAUCCCAUGCUUUUCCUGUAUUUCGGGCGGUCUCAACUCCGACAGUCUCUGUCAGCUUCAUGUCGCUGGGCCCUGAAGGAGUCACAGAGCAAUGAUGAAAGUGUGGUCAGCAAGAAAUCCACUGGCCAAGACCUGGUCUCAGAGAUGGAAGUGUAAGCUAGAGGGAAAUUGGUUUGUAUCCUCC